ACUUUAUGGGAUCUUGCUAUAGCUGAAGUGGAGAAGAGAGAAAACCCUGACGGUGAUGGCAAGCACGUGGAAGUUUGGGAAAAAUCAGUAUUGUUUAUGGGAAGCAAAAGCGGGGGAAAGACCACCAUUAUACUAAGGUGUCUUGAGAGGGAAGAGAUUCCAAAGCCAACAUUAGCCUUGGAAUAUACUUUUGGAAGAAGGGCAAGGAGACACAAUGCACCUAAAGAUAUAGCUCAUUUUUGGGAAGUAGGUGGUGGAACCUCAUUGCUGGAACUGAUUCGAAUACCAAUCACUAGCAACAACAUAAGGUCAUUUGCUGUGGUUCUUGUUUUGGAUUUGUCCAAACCUAACGAACUCUGGACUACGAUGGAGAAACUUCUGCAGGCCACCAGGAACCAUGUGAACAAAAUUUUAAUGAAACUAGAAAAGACAAAUCCUGAAGUAGCUACUGAAAUUAAACAGAGGAUGUGGAAAAAUCUGCAGAGGGAUCAUCCAGAUUAUGAGUUAAUUGACCCUUUUCCAAUACCCUUGGUGAUAAUUGGAAGCAAAUAUGAUGUUUUUCAAGAGUUUGAGUCUGAAAUGCGGAAAAUAAUAAGCAAGACACUUCGCUUUGUUUCACAUUAUUAUGGAGCAUCAUUAGUGUUUACCAGUAAAUCUGAGGCUCACCUGCUGAAAGCCCGUGCUCUUAUUAAUCACUUGGCAUUUGGCUAUGAUAAAAGCAAGUCUGUGUCCGUGGAUCACAGCAAACCUCUGUUUAUACCGGCCGGCCUGGAUUCACUCAGCCAAAUAGGACCCCCACCCGCCUCUGACAGCGACAUCGGAAAGCUGCGUGCAAACACACCUUUGGAACUGUGGAAACAAGUAUUUGGGAAAACCUUUCCUCCCGAGAGUUUCUGUGAUUUACAAGAUACCAAGGACCCUGGGCAGGAUUUACAGUAUGCCGAGUAUGAAGUCGAUGCCAUGAGAACCCAGAAGAACCAGGAACUUGAACAAUACAAAAGAAAUGCCUCGAAAUCCUGGAAAGAAAUGGAUUUUGACCCUGACUGA